UUUAAAGUUGUAAUAUUUUUUAAUUUUCUCAGCAAAUUUUUUUAAUACCAAAAAAAAAAAAGAUUCGAAAGUUAAUUUAAGUAAAAAAAAUUUUUUUUUAGAUUUAAAAAAAAUAUCGAAUAUUGUUUUUCAAUUCGGUCGGUAUUCGAUGACGUCAUAGAACAUGACAUACCCUUUACAAAUAUGGACAGGGGGAGGGGGUGAAUCAGUAGUAAAGAAGAUUUCCGUCAGACGGCAUUUCGUUGCAAUCCUGCGGAACAAUCAAUAAAAUCGGCGCAGAGCCAUGGAAUUGUAUUCCGAGCUUCAUGACACGCUCGAGCUUUUCAGUCUGACAUUCGGUCGCGCAGAAAGCUCAACGAUAACUUCGUUUUCAAAUUGGUGAAACUUGGUGAAGUGGUCAAAGCGGUGGCGGCGGCAAAAUGGCGACCCUCACCAGAAACAAAUAAUGACUCAAGUUUUCAUUAUUUUUUUGUAUAUAAACGCUGAUAUUAGGAUUAAAAAAUUUUCAAAUAGAUCAAAUUCAUUCGUCAUUUAAUUAUAUAUUCAUGUAAAAAUUUUUUGAAAAGAAUCAACUGCCCAAUUUUCUUAUUUGCUCGAUAAAAACAAGCAUUUUUCUAAAUUAAGAGCAAAAGAAGAGACCUUACAAGUACAUAAAAACAUAUAGUGUUCUUUAUAUAGGAUAAAAAAAAGAGUAAAUAAGACAUUAUUUGUGUGAAGAGAAAAAUAGAAAUUUUUUUUUUUCGAAAAACAAAAGAAUUUAAUGAAACGUUAUUUUUUAAGAGGACAUUUUUUUUAUCGUGUAAAGUAAUGUCUGGAUUUUGAGGGUGUCGCUAGUUUUCAUCAUUCUAGACUGAGAUUUAUAUAUAAAACAUAUACAAACACACAAUUGACAUAAUGAGGAAAUUGAGUACGAGUUACAGCAUAUUCUGGUGAUCCAAUUAAGGAGGGGUGCUGAUACCGAUUUGUUUAAUGGGCAAACAGGGAGUGACUAGAUCAAAAUGCAUUUGCAUUUCGAGAAGGACAAUAAUGCGAAGUGCGACUGCAAUAUUCUUUCCCUCAGCUGGAUGGGACAAUCAUCGGAUGAGUCGCCGGUGGACGAAGGAUGGAAGCUGAAUCGGCCUAGUUAUUUUCAAGAUGGAUGGCUGGCUACGGGUAAUGCCCGAGGAUUGGUCGGAGUAACAUUUACAUCCUCGGUUUGUAGCAUGAAAACACCAGAACUUCCCCUCAGAACGAAUCAUAAUCUCAGAGGUCACAAAAGUGAGGUGAUACUUGUGAAAUGGAAUGAACCUUUUCAAAAGCUGGCUUCAUGCGACAGUUCGGGGGUAAUUUUUGUAUGGAUAAAAUUCGAUGAAAAAUGGAGUAUAGAAUUAAUAAACGACAGAAACACCCCUGUCACCCAUUUUUCUUGGUCACAUGAUGGAAGAAUGGCACUCAUAUGUUAUCGGGAUGGUUUUGUAUUAGUCGGAAGCGUCAAUGGUCAAAGGUACUGGUCAUCAAUGCUAAAUGACAAAGCGAUUAUAACUUGUGGAAUUUGGACACCUGAUGAUCAACAGGUUUAUUUUGGAACAACAGCGGGCCAAUUGAUAGUAAUGGACGUUCAUGGUGCGAUGGUUUCCGAAAUUCAAUUAGAAGCUGGUGUGACAUCCAUGGCAUGGAACGCUAAAAAAUUUAGUAUGGCUGAAGUUGAAGACGAGAGUACAGAUGAAAGAAGUUACGUGUUAGCAGUUUGCCUUGCUGAUGGGAAUAUUGUGAUGUUAAAAUCUUUUGAUGAUGUGUCACCCAUUACGAUACAAACAAGUUUAAAAGCGCCUUUACACGCAGAAUGGAGUAAUUCUAGAGAGCUCUUGGCAAUUGCAGGGGUUAAAGAGUCCGAUGUCUUUCAAUCUAGUCCACAGGUGUACACGAAUCUCUUGAAAUUUUACUCAGAUACAGGGAUGCUGGUUUAUUCAACGACUAUUCCAUGUACACAGUGUCAAGUAUCAGCUUUGACUUGGGCUCAUAAUGAUAAAAGGCUUUUUAUAGCAACUGGUGCACGUGUUCAUACUGCGUGGGUGAAUAGAAUAGUCGGCUCUCUUCAACUUUUGUCAAGACUUGCUAUAAGGAAGGCCCUUACUAAAGAAUCUAGUGUGCAACAACUACCAUUACCACCAAGACUGAAAGAAAUAGUUGCUGCACUUUUCGCCAGUACGAUAAGAUGCUGCGUUCCUGAACCAAAAGAUUUGAGAAGAUUUGUUUCAAGGCCACCACCAGGAGGUGGAAGAUUACAUUGCACGAUAUUGAGACACGCGACUGAACUAGUACCUUGUUACACUCUCUACUUGGAAUAUUUGGGCGGCCUAGUACCUCUUCUCAAAGGCAGAAGAACCAGCAAAAUACGUCCUGAGUUUGUGAUAUUCGAUCCUCAAAGUCAAGGCCCUUGCCACUUUCUGGAUUACAACACUUCUCAAUAUCCUGUGUUCAGUGAUGGAUCGGACACUGAGAGAGAUACCGCUGAUUUAUGUGGGUCACCAAGGAAUAGACGGAAAAACAGAAGAAGACGAAUGGAGAAAUAUUACGAGGAAACUGAUGAGCCUAUUUAUGUGGAUACAUUGCCUGAAGAUGCAAGGUUGGUCGAAGUUACAUCGAACAUCUGGGGCACAAAGUUCAAAAUUCACGGUCUAGCGGAUUCAAUACCAGCAAACUUAGGUCAAGUGACUUAUAGAACAUCUUUGCUGCACCUGCAACCGAGACAAAUGACUUUAGUUAUAACUGAGCUUAGGGACGAUUUACCUGCAGGUCCUGAUCCAAGUUUCAAUCCAAAUCUUUUCUCUGAAGAUGAGGAAGAAACUUUUCAAGAAUCACAAAGUACCUCGAGAAAAUCAACAGAAGUUCAACCGCCACCAAUUGCUCCUAUGACACCUCGAACAACGAGAUUGAGUUCCAAUCGUCCAAAGUCUCAAAUUUCAAAUCAAUUUUUAGCCAACGAAUCUCUUUCGCCAUCUUCGGCGCGUGCUGAAAGUUACGAGGAUGAAUUUCCUUAUGGUGAUCUACAAGAGAUAGUCAUCUGUGACAAUGUGAAACUUGCUGUGAAUAAUACCUAUAGAACACCUCCUAGACACAAUGCUUCGAGAUGCUGUGAUGUACCAACACUUCAAUCACCUAAAAAUGCAGUGGCACCCACACAAACAUUGAUUGCAACUUCAAAUUCAAGUGCCGAUUAUACCGGUAGCAUUCAAAGAAUGAAAACAGCAUUGGCCGAUCAACAAACAAAUAUAAAUAUGAAAAAAGAAUUAGAAAACAAUAAAUUCAAUGAUGAGAAAUUAAGUCAUUCUAUUAUAUCCACCUCAAUUCAAAAUGGCCAAUUAUCGAAUGGAAAUUCCGGUGGUUUACGAUCACAAAAUAAUUCACUUCUCCACAGCCUCAGCACAAGUAGUGGUUGCACAAUAAAUCAACCCAUUUAUCUAAACGGUUCGAGUUGUUCGAAUGGUGGAUCAAGUACAAUUCAAGCGUCUCAGAACUUUGUGAAUUCGAAAAAUAGUUUGAAUAGUGGAACGAACGCGUUGUCAUUGACAAAUAGUUCUCAAACUAGAGAAACAGGGAAGAUUGUUGGAACAAGUAAUGGAUCUGUUUCGCCCACAUGCUGUCAUCAAACACCAGGAAAUUCAACUCAAAAUCCAUGUCAAUGUACAUUAAAGAGGAAAGAUGGAAACUAUUUGAAAUUUCUAAGUAAAGCAAAUCAAUCGACAAAAGUUGAUGAAUAUAAAUACGCUGAUGAUCUUAUUGAUUUUGAUGAUCUCAAUCAAUCACGAGUUAUUCAUCGAACUUCAACUUCCCUAAACUCCGACGAUUCGAUAGUUCGUAGUUGUAGCGUUGGUUAUUUGGAUUUAGUUGACACUCAAUUGGUUCCUUGUGACGUGGCCUUGAAAAUGCUCAGGAAAGAUGCGCCCAACAAAAGGCUCAUUCUAGUUUCAAGGAAGCCAAAAAAGCGAAAAAAGAAUAAAGCCCAUAAUGAAAUUGGCCAACAAAUUGCAAAACCACCGAGACUGAGGAAUUGUGGAAAAUCGAAAAGUCUUGAUUCCAGUGACAUAUUUCCAAGUACAGAGCAAAUAUCUUUAAAACCAAAAUUACCUGAACACAUUGAAGAGCCACAGAGAAAUGGGAAUAUUCAAGGAAAUGAAAACGAUUCUAAAAUUCGUGUUGAUAUAAAAGAAACAAUUACCAAUUCGGAAAAAGGUCAAGCUAAAAGAAUGGACACUUUGGAUGUGAAGACGAAACCAGGACAGUCGGACGUUUCUACUUCACCUGCUAGAGGUUCUAGUGCAAGUGGUUCAAUGGCUUCUUCUUUGGAUGGAUUGGCUGCAAGACUUAAAGAUUUCGAUGAAUGUCAUUCUUUACCACCGCCAUCGCCUCGUUCAUCAAUCAGGUUACCAAGAAGCUCACCAAGUAGUCCAGCUCCUUCGAAAAAAGGCAAGAGACCAGCCUCUGCUUCUCCGAUUAGAAGACGACUUCUUUCCAGUCCUUUAUUAAGUCGAAGAAGUAGAAAAAAUAAGAAUGAAAGUUCAGAUGAUGAAGCUCCACUUCUUGAUGAAACCUCGAAAAGUUAUCGAGAUCUGGAGACAUUCCAAAAGAAACAACUUCGACAAAAGUUGAAACAAAGAGCUGGCGGAGGACAAAAACCGGAAGUGGUUCGAAGAGAGUUAGUGAUGCAUAAUAAAGCACCGUUGUGGAAUGAUGCUAGUCAAGUUUAUCAACUCGAUUUUGGUGGACGGGUCACUCAGGAAAGUGCGAAGAAUUUCCAAAUUGAAUUUAGAGGAAAACAGGUAAUGCAAUUUGGAAGAAUAGAUGGAAAUGCUUACACAUUGGAUUUCCAAUAUCCUUUUAGUGCUUUACAAGCUUUUGCUGUUGCCCUGGCGAACGUAACGCAACGGCUCAAGUAACCGUCAAUCUCUAUUUAUCUAUGCGAAAUUUGGAAUAUGAGUUCUAGUCAAAUAAAGGAAAUUAGGAAACUCAACGUGGGAAUUUACUGUAAGAAUUUUAUUGACAGAACCGGCGAGAGCUGAUAAAAUGAUGAAUUCUAAAUAAAUUGAAAAUUCAUCUUGUUAAGUAAAUCAAGUGUUAUGAUGCGCGAAAAAGUAUUAUUUUCUUGUUUUACGAAUAUAAAACUAAACAAUUUUUUUUUGAAAAAAAAAAAAGAAAAACGAUAUUUAUAAAUUCAAACGAAUUAUAAAGAACUCAGUCCUGUGAAUCUCGAAGAUUUUUCACAAACAAAAGCUUCGUUUACGAUAUACGUUCACCCAAGUACCGUCCAGUACAAUAUUUUUAUUUCUCAUUUUUCCCGAUUUCGAGCGCUGAUUUGUAUAUUUUAUGCGUCGAGUUAAAAUAUAGUAAUGCUGUUGAAAGGUAUAACGUGUUCAGUUUUUAGUCGGUCAAUGUACUCAAAUUUUGUACAAUGUUCUUAAAAAAGUAUGCAGGACGUCCUAGUUAUUAAAAAUGGGAAUAAUUACAUAUUUUUUAAAGAUAAUAUUAAAUAAACAAAAAUAUCUAAAAUAUUAUCUUUAAUUAUAUAAUUAAAAACUGAGUUUUCUAAUUCAAAAACCCUUAAAAAUUAGUUAAAAUGUAAAUGAAAAAUUAAUUACAAAGUUAAUUUUGAGUUUAAAUAAAGAUUUUUUUAAAUUAGAAGCUCAGAACAUCAAAAAAUGAAAGUCUUUAAAUAAAACAUCCUUGAAAAUUGAAAUUCCUUAAAAUCUAUAGAGUGCAUUUAAAUUUGAAUAUAAAAUCAACUCUAAGAAAUAGAAAUUUAGAUAUUUUUAAAUUCGAACACACUUUAGUCAAGUUUUUUAAAAUAUAAAUUUGAAAAUCUUGAACAAAAAUUUCGAAUAACUUAAAGAUUUUAAUCUGUGUUCUUAUAGUUCCAUCAUUAAUAAAUAAAAAAAAAUCUUUCUCUACAUUGUCUGGAAAUAAUAACAAUAUCGUUGUUAUCGUCAUGUAAUAAACGUCCGGCCUGAAACACCCUCAAGCUUUCUCGAGUCUGAUCUUUAAAAAGAAAUCUUAAAAUCUCACUUUACAAUUAUUUUUCAUACGCCUAAAGUGAAAGUCAUAUCGGACCUAAAAAAAAAACACAUUUACAACAACUACACCGAACGAGUCUGAUCAAUCAGUGAGAAUGGGUUCACAUUAUUAAUAAAAAAAAUUUUAUUUUUAUGUAUGAAUGAAUUUUUAAUUUACAAUUUAAAGUUAAAAUAAAAUAAUAAUAAUAAUAAUUGAAAUGAAAUUUUUAAUAAAGAAAAAAAAUAUUUGAUAAUAUAUAAUUUUUGACAUUGAUUUUAAAUACAAAUUUUGCAAACGUAUAAAUAAAAAUAUUUAAUUCUAAAAUAUUCAGACCUAUUCUAAUUUCGAAAUUCGAAAAUCUUGAAACAAGAUGAAAAACGAGUACUUAUAGUUUGUUAGAAUUGAAAACUUUUCUUAGGGUUGUAAAUUAAAAAAACAGAGCUUAAAUAAUGCAUUGAUUUGCAUUUAAAUAUAAAUUAGAGCAGAAAAUAUUUUCUGUGCGACCCACGCUCACGAAUUGACAGUAUUGUAAGAAAUAUUAUAAAUUUAAGAUAGAUAACCAAGUAAUUAAUUAUUACUUGCGCGUUAUUUGGAUUUCUAAUAACAUUACACUCUAUUGUAAAAUUGCGAUUGUUUAGAGCUUUUGUUAAUUAGCAUUGAGUUCCUACUUUCAAAUGAUAUAUAGUGCUAAAGAAAUUCUGUUUAAAAAUAACAGAUGAAAAACUGCAUUAAUUGUCGUGUCGUUGUUUCCUAAAUCUGUAAAGAAUUUUAUUAUUAUUAUUAUUAUUAUUAUUAUUUUAAGCUCUAUGUGCAGUAAUCAGAGUCAAAGUUACAAUUACUCUCAACGUUUUAUAAGCAAAUAAAUGCCAAAAAAUUUAAGUUUUGCAAAAUUAAUUAGAGAAGAUUGCAAUACUUUAAUAGAAUUUUUAUAUGUUAUAUAUUUGGCUCUGAUAAAAUCACUGGUACGCUUUGUAUAAUUGUUCCUUAUGAUAAUGUAAAUACGAAAAUUUAGUUGAAGUUAUAAUUUAGAAUAUACAAGUUUAAAACAUGUUCUAAAUUUAAUUUUAGCAUGACAAAACUUUAUUGUAUGAAACAAUAUUAUUUAUAAUUGUUAAAAAUUAAUUUUAUAUCAAUCGAGUAAGGACUUAUGUUAUACACUCUUGCAAAAACUGGAUAUUGUGAAUUUUUUAGAAAUAAAUUGCAGGCAUUGUAUAUACACUGAAUGUGCUACAAUAGAAAAAAAAACAAACAAACAAAAGAUUGAAGCCCUGCCACAGUAGUUUAAUGACUAGAUUUCAGGGCCUCUAUUUACUUUUACAAUGACAAAUUAAUAUCAUUCUUUAACUCUAUAAUUAUAGUUUUAUAAAUUACAAAACUAUAUUCUAUAUUAUAGACGAAUAGCUAUUCGAGAAAUCAUUUUCAUUCACUGGCUUUUUAAUUCAGGGUUUAAUAUUAUUAUAAAAAAAAUAAAAUAUAUUUUAAUUUUGACGGUUGUUUAUUCUAAAAAAGGAGAGUGAAUUUUUUAAUUAAAAACUUUGACAUUUAAAUAAAAUUCCUUUAACCAGCGGAAUAAAAAAUAAAUUUUGUAUUGAAAACUAUGAAUUCUUGGCAGUGCAUAUAUACUAUGAAUUAUAAAAUGUUUAACACGAUCUAUAAAAAAGGCCCACGAUCGUAAAAAUUAUGUCAAAUUUUUAAAAGUCGUUAUUUUUGUAAAAACUAUUUUUUUUCGUAAUAAAUAUGUGUUAGAGAAAAUGUAAAUCCGUGCCGGUCUAUAAGAAAAGAACAUCAUUAAUUUCAAACACACAAGUGUUAUAUAUCAGUAUAGUGUUGAUUAAAGACAAACGUUGAAGAAUUUAAAAAAAAAAAAACUAAACACAGUCGCAGAAAAAGUUGAUAAGUGACUGGCUUCUCGUAAGUUGUUCGGCCUAAAAAUUUGUCAUAGGUAUACGUUAAAAAAUUGUAAUUAAUAAUUUUUUUUCGUUAAUAUAAUAUGAUGGAUCUCUUCAUGAUUUGUUCUAAAUAUAAUUAUUAAGACUAUGAUUAAUAAUGGCGAAUAUAUUAUAUGUGAAUUUUAUGACUGAUAUAAAUAUAUAUGUAUAAAAAAAAAUAUAUAUAAUGCGAUGCGACUUUACAUUGAAUCCAAUUGUAUCGGUAUUGUUUUUAUUAUGUGGAGGCAUUGUUAUUCAUUUUUCGCCGGUGGUAUAACGAUUAUUCUGUAUAUGUGCAAUAAUACACUUUUGUUACCAAAUACAUUAAUGAAUAUCGAAACAUUUGUAAAUAAAGGCAACAAUUGCAAACCAAA